AAGGGCUUGAUGCUCACUCAGCAGGCUGUGGCGUUCUCUUCAGAACCGGGCUGCCUUUGCCCACCUCAACACCUUGUGAAAGCUGGUCCCAUCAGAAUGAUGCUGCCCACCAGUCAGCAAAACGCCCCCAAACAGGUACCAAUAACAAUUGGAAUGCCCCAACAACAGCCCCGACAAGUGCUCCUUCCACCUGGUGUCCAAAUCAAUCUCCAAAACAAGAUGGCUGGUGGGUCCCAGCCCCUUAUGUUAACCCAGACAAGUCCCAGGGGACCCGUCAUGUCAUCCCAGUCGGUCCGUCUGGUUCCUACAGGCAAUAAGGUCAACGGCAUGCCGACCUAUACACUGGAAACUGUACAGGUCGCUGUGCCUGUCCAGUCGCCUGGAGUCACCCAGGUUGUCAAUAAAAAUGUGCUUGUGACGCAGAACAUGACCACUCUACAACAGCAGAACAAGCCUCAAACUAUUAUUGUCAUGGGAAAUGGCACAUUGUCCAAUCAAUCCCCUGUCUCAGGCACUAACCAACCGAGUAUGGCCAUGAACCAGGUGCAAGGUGACAGCGGUAGUGACCGACCCAAAGAGUUGGUAGUCCAGACGCAUUUUUUGAAAAAGAUGGAAAAUAACACUGUGAAAUGCACAAAAUGUAAAACCUUAUUGUCGGAGAAAGGUAUUUUCCAGCAUUUGCUUCAUGGUCUGCAGUGUUUGCUCUGCCCGCUGGUGUUCUAUUCUAUUAAACAAGUAAUGGAGCACAUGGGCAAGGAACACAAGCUCUCGGACAAAGCCAACUGGGAUAUUCUCAAAGAGAAGUACAGGCUCAUCAUUAAUCCCCAGGGGAAUCUUCUGUUUCCCUUUUUUGACAUGAGCACUACUGUGCCUAAAGACCUGUUGGCCGAUAAGGAGUUGAACGUG